AUGGAGAACUUGGUUUACCGUGAAAAAGAGAUGAUCGUUGGUUUAAAGGACUACUUGUAUCAAGAACAAGCCAGGCUGGAUAAAAUUAAACAGUUUACGGAAAAACUAGUUCAAAUACACGACGUUAUACCCGAAGGAAGAGUGGAAAACUAUUUGGGACAUCCUUCAAAUGCCUACUUGUUGAUCAAGCGGUUUGUGAAAGAUUGGUCGGCUAUCGAAUACAUGGCCAAAAACCCUUCAACAGAUGGUUUGUUGGAGAUUUUGGACAAACAUCGAGGCUGGUUUCCAGACAUAUCUGAUUUCGAAGGUGCAAUCGAUGCUAUAUUUCGUGUGCAAGACAUAUAUAAAGUCAAGGCAUUGGAUCUUGCAAAGGAUUUGGUUCCAUCUGCAACGAGAGGUUAUCCUAUGAUUGCAAAUGAUGCGUUUGAGAUUGGCAAGGUUGCAUAUGAAGCAGAGAAGUACAAAGAAGCCCAGAAAUGGUUGGCCGCGGCAGCCAUACUUUGGAAGGAAGGAAAAAGGAAUGACGAGGAUGACAUUGCUGAGAUAUUGGAUUAUUUGUCAUAUGUUGAAUAUAAGCUUGGUAAUCUACGGAAAGCGUAUAAUCUGACUUUAACAAUAUUGAUGUAUGAUCCAAGUUUUCAGCGUGCGCAGAAGAACCUCAAGUAUUACGCAGAUGAGCUGAAAUCCACUGGUCAGUUGACAGGUCAGAAGGGUUUGUUGCGUCCAGACGACACUUUGCUACAAGUUGAUAAUGAUGAUGAUGAUGAGGAUAUUCAAGACACGGCAGAGGAAAAAGAUUGGAAAGGAUCAAGAGCAUUCAAACGUUAUUCCAAAUUAUGUCGAUCAGAUGCUGAUGCUUUAUUUAAUUUUACAGUAAGUCAACAACAGCAGCUGAAAUGUUGGUAUGUCAAAGACAAACCAUGGCUGUAUCUUCGUGGAAUCGGAGUAGAACGUCUCCAUGUUUCUCCUGAAGUUUUAUAUUUCCGAAAUGUCCUUACCGACCCAGAAAUCGAAGUCGUAAAGAGAUUGGGAAGACCAAAGCUUCGACGAGCAGUAAUCUUUAAUGACGAUGGGUCUCUUCACACCGUUGACUACAGAAUAAGUAAAAGGUUUGUUGUUGUACAUCGCAAAUCACACACGCAUUCAUUUUCAUUUCGUGUGCAACUGAGGUUAGAUCGUUAA